AUGUUUUCCAACUUCAAGACAGCAUUUACAUCAACUCCCAAACCAGAAAGAGCACCCCGAGGUACCCAGAUCAGAGGAGACUACAAACGACUAAUUCCUUGCGUUCAAAAUGACAUAAAUGUAACCACUGCUCAGCUCGCUCAGUUUGAGAAUAAGUCAUUACUACGAAAAAUUAUCAACUUGAUGAAAAAGAAUCAUAAAGAACAAAUCGAACAUCUAAAGAAAGAAUGUGGUGGAACACCCAAAUACGACGCCAGACUAUUCGACUUACUUAAAACACAACUAUUUGAAUUGGGAAACUUAUUGGACAUUUUCAAAAACAAUUUUAUCCACUCACUCUAUGAUAAUCAUUUACUCGACUACAAAUUGCAAAAGCUAGAGUCAAGUUCUGCUUCAAAGCUUAGUUCAGUAUCUUCGGGGUCUUCCGUCUCAUUACUUUCAAUGAAUGAAGUCGAUGGUGAUGCGAUUGAUGACGCACCAGACUAUUUAUUAGAUCCGAUAUCUUUUGAGAUUUUGACUGACCCGGUAGUCACGCCAAGUGGGAUCACUUAUGAAAAGGAGGAAAUAUUGAAUCAUAUAAACAACAAAGGCAAGUACGAUCCUAUCAGUAAACAACCAUUGAGCAAGGAUCAGUUGUAUCCGAACUUGAUUAUAAAGGACACGGUUGAAGCAUAUAAAAUAGAGCACAGUAAAUAG